GCUAGGGGUCAAAUGGGAGUUGCAGGUGUGGGUCACUACGUCAGCUUCUUAACCCACUAAGCCACAAUGGGAACUCCCUGAAUAGAAAGGAUUCAGCGGAAGCCGUAUCCGUUAGGAAACGGAACCACUAUGGUGACAUGGGAUAUGCAUUUAUUAUAUACCUUACACAAUUGUGGGAGCUUAUGAAGACACAAAGCAUGUGAGAAGUGGUUGCUUUUGCAUCUGGUAUGGAGCCUAAAGCCAUCAGAGCAGAGGUGACAGUGAGAAGAAAAGCUGGAUGUGAAGUGGAAACGAGCAAGGACAGAACCUGUGUUGGAAUCCUGUCUCCUCCAGCCUCAGAGACCUGGGAAAACCAUGGAAGGAGCUGGCACACGACACUGCAAAGCUGUGCACCUGACCCUGAGGGUGAAGAUGUGGGUCUGGUGGGAGGCAAAGGACCACAGCCCGGAGGCUGCCUGAUGUCACCUGGCUGAGCCAGGAGACCUGCACCCAGCACCUGUGGCCCCACACAGCCUUCUUAGCCUAGUAACGCCACUGCUCCACUUCUGCCUUCCAGACCUCACCUAGGCUUCCCUUACAGCCAAAUGUCACAAAGAACCAUGCAGAAAAGGGAAUUCUGGGAAUGGCUUUCCAUCUGAGCUAAACUGACAGCUAAUACAAAACCACCGCAGAAACUAGCCAACAGAAAGAGAAAUGUCUAAAGUCAGACAGCCCCUUGGUUCUGAGUUCUCCAAGCAUACUUUCUGCGGCAGGUAUGUCUGCAGAAUCCAGUCUGCACAUGGAUUACCUUUAAGGCAUUUUCUUCUGUGUUUAUGCAGAUUUUCUUCUCUACACAACUCUAGGUUGUUGGGUUUGCGUAUAUGCCAAAACCUAAAGCUUCAGCAGGAGGCUUCUCUCAAAAAGUUCCAAGAGUCAUGUCAUUUAAGCUGCUGAACUUAUCUCUUCAAAACCUAUAUCAUCUUGCAAUAUAAAAGUUAAUGAGAUUAACUCAGCACAUGGCUGGCUGAUGUAAAAUGAUGAACAUAUUUUCUGCCACAAUAGAUUCCAAACUCCAUUUUUAGAUUUCCGUAGGUGCUCCAGAAGGUUCGGAUAAUGUAAUGUUAUGGGUGGGGGGAGCAAAAGCCUGUUUAGAUGGGAGCUGCCUUGCCAGUAUCUCUUUGAUUGAUUGAUUGAUUGAUUGAUUGCAUUGUUUUGAGACUGUUGCUAGUAAGGAAGUAUGCACUGGUGCUGUGUGCAGUGGUAAGCUUAUUCAUGGGCGAAGUAUUCAACCAGCUGCUCCAGCCAGAACUCCUGCAAUUACUGGGAGGUUGGCCCACACAGCCUCUAAGGCACCUUCCAUUUUUGAGAGUCUUUGAGUUUUUAAUCAGUGACUCUCAACCUCUUUCUUUGCCCCAACUCACUUGAUAAAUGUCUACAGGCUUCCCCCUGCUCCAUAAUUCCAGUUUUUUCUCUCUCACAUAAACAACACAUUAAACUACAAGUCAGUGAUCUAAUUUUUAAAAGAAAUUAUAAAUAGAUUAUCUAUUAUCUCUUCUUUAAGUAUUGGGAAGAAAAAACCUUGUCUUUCCUAUAGACGCAAGAAAACUGUGACUCAAAUAACAGAUCCCAACCAUAUCUCAACCAUAUUUCACUAUUCUAACCAUAUUUUUUUAAUUUACUGCUCAGUAAAGCAAGAAAACAGAAGUCUAGAAUUUACACAAAUACCCACAAAAGCAAAUAAAAGUGGAAAUACCCAUAAAAAGGGAAGAAAAUGCAUAAUUUUAUUAAAUUUCCUUUGGUAUACAAGAACUGAUGAAAUUAGACAAUACUGUGUUAUGUUUGAAUGCAUUAGUUAUACCAUUGUGCAUGAUCUAAUUUGAUCAUAUAGAGGCAUUUAUUUAAGUAGCAUGCAUUAUUUGACAUCUAUGCACUUGGGUUAGGGUGAUUAUAUACACAAAAUUAUAUAUGUGAUUAUAGGUACAGUACACUAUAUAUACAAAAGUGGCUAAGAUUACUACCCACCAAUGGAUCUACAAUCUAGUAGAUCUAGUGGAAGAGAUAAUACAGAGAUGUAAGCAAAGGGAGAGGAGGAAGUGUGGAAAGUGGACCUAAUAUGGAAAUGGAAAUAUUACAGUUCUAAAAAGAUGAAGUUCUAAAAUUCUAUUCUACUCUUCCACAUUUAGAAUGACAAACACAAAACCAAACCCAAAAACCUGACAAUACCAAGUGUUGGCAAGGAUAUGAGGCAACUGGAGCUCUCGUAUGUUGCUAGUGGGAAUACAAAAUGGUACAACCGCUAUGGAAGAAUAUUGGGGCAGUUACUUAUAAAGGUAAACAGUCACAUCCCAUAUAACCUUGCAAUUCCACUCCUAUUUACUUCAGCGAAAUAAACAUCUAUGGUAACACACAAAAAACUAUUUAUAGUGGAUUUAUUCAUAAUAACGCCAAACAGGAAAUACCAAAACUAUCCCUCAACCGGGCAAUAGAAUACUAGCCAGCAGUGAAAAGGAAUUAUUGGUACACACAACAACACAGAUGAAUCUCAAAUACAUUAUGCCAAAUAAAGAACCCAGCCCAAAGUAGCUCCCUACUUUUAUCCUUACAUGCCAUUCUGGAAAAAGCACAACCAGGAGCAAGGCACAGAUGAAUGGUUAAACCUGGGGAGAGUCUGGCUACAAAGGAAUAGUUAAUUCCCAAAGGAAUUUCUUUGGGGGAUGAUAGGAUAGUUUUUGUAUCCUUUUUUUUCCUUUUCUUUCUUUUUUUUCUUUUCUUUUUUGGCCACCCUGUAGUGUAUGGAGUUCCUGGGCCAGGAAUCAGAUCCAAACCACAGUUGCGACUGACAACACAGCUGUAGCAAUGCUGGAUCCUUUGACCCACUGUGCGGGACUGGGGAUUCAACCUGCAUCCUGGUGCUGCAGAGACACUGCCAAUCCCACUGCCAAUCCAAAACAGAGAGAACUCCUAGUUUUGUAUCUUGAGUGUGGUGGUGGUUAUACAACCAUACAUUUGUCAAAAGUCAUAGAACCGUAUACCAGGAAAAAAACUAAAUAUAACUGUAUAUAAAUUUUUCCUAACUCUUAAAAAAUAAAUUCAGCCCCAACUCCUGGUCCAGAGUUUAGCAUCCUCCUGCUUCUGAGAUCAGAGAAGCAGGCCAUAUGGAGAGGAUGCUAAUCCUAUUCUCUGUUUAUUGACACAGAAAAAAUAUGCAGACUGAACAGAUUUGUGCUCUCGUGUCCAGAGAUCUUGGGUGAUUGCAGAUCUCAACACUCCCUUUAAAUGGAUGGAGGCAAGUAUCCCGGGACCCUGGCUAUCAGCUGCCAAUUCUGUUGCCUAAGGUGAUAUUAUGUUAACAUAUGGUGGCUGCGUGUGAGAGGAGGGUGAGCUUGCUGUACCAUCUCCUGUCUGUGUGGGAGGGGGGUGUGCUGCUCUCUCUCUCUCUCAAUCUCAGGUUCACAGUCCCUGAAGGUAACUAUUUAUUCCAAGAUUAUUUAUUAAGGUCCUAUAAUAUGAGGAGGGCUCUACCCCACGCUGUGAGCACUAAGACUGAGCUACUACGUGUCUCGGUCAAAAAUGGAGCGUCCAACCGAGGGUGAGCAAUAAGACACGUGACUCAAUAGCGAUCAUUCAACCCAAUUAUGAUAAAUCCUAUCAUAGCGGUUUUCUCACCAGGCCAUGGCUGUUGAGAGGAGGAAGUCUUCACUUCCUGCCAGGAACAUCAGGAAAGGGUUAUUUGGCAGAGAGGGGGCAUUUGUCCUCAACCUUAAGGUUCUUCGUUCCUUAGCUUGGGUCCUGUCUGGCUUGUUUCCUAGUUUUCCCCCAGAUCCAGUCCAGCCACUGAUAGGCUAUGAAUACACCAGUGUUUGAGAAUUAAUUAAUAAAAGACGGAAAAGAAAGACACACCCCAAGGGACAUGGCCUGAACACAGACAUGCAGGCAGAUGUUUAAGCGUGUCUGAGAAACUGAAUGUUGUUCAGUUUGGCUGGAGUACGGGGGAGCUUGUGAGAAGCAAUGUUUCAAAAUUGCAUUGAAAUUAAACCAGAGAUGUUCUUCAGUGCCACGUUAAAUAACUGGAACUUUUCUCGGGAGAGGAAGGUACUGAAGGAUCUUGAGCUGAGAGAGAUGUGAUCGGUCUGUGUUUUAAAAUGAUGUCAUUUGACAGUGAUUAGGAGAGGGUGACAAUGAGUGAUUAUAUAAGCGGUAUUGGAGCGAAAUAGACAGACUGAGCCUGAGGCACGUCUACCAGCUCAAGCAUGACUUGUGGAAGGCUGGGGUUGGAAGACGGCACUCGGGAAACAGGAGUCAGAAGCCCUGGCAUCAAGUCCCACUUCUGCUUCUAAGCUAUGGGACAAAUCGUACGGAUCCUUCCAAAGACUCGCCCAUUAACGGCACCUUCACUCUGAGCUGCGACUACUUCCCAGCGGGAGCGCUGCUCAGGGGAGAGCCUGAGGUUUCCCGCCCUGCAGUUCCAUGGGGACUGUACCUGAUCCCCUGAGAUCAGCUAAAACAUCUCUGAUCGCGGCUUCUGGAAAAGAAGAGGAUCCAGGAGAGGCACGAGCUGCCUCAUCCCAGCCUCGACCGGCCCUCCUGUGUAAGAACACAAAUGGCUUUUCCAGCCCUCCUGAAGAAGCAGACCUGAGCCCCAAGCCAGCUGCUGUGGCUCUGAUGCAGGCCGGUGAGCAUGAGACCCCCCGGCCAGCCAGCUCUUCUCCGGGCACUGUCAGUGAGGUGGGGAAAGCCUCUCCCACACUCAACUCCCCUGGCAAUACCCAGCUGCCAGGGAGCCGGGAGCCCACAGCACCAGCCCCGUGUUCUGAGGCAGGAAGGGAUCUUCUUAUGCACGCAGCCUUUACAAUGCCAGGCGAUGGGCACACCCACCCGGCCAUCCCAGGGCACCAGCCCAACACCAGCCCCCCAUCAGGACCUGAAGAUACCCCGGUGAAAUCAGAGAGAACUUCAGAUGGGGAGAAACCUGAGAAGUCAAACUGUCCCGUGGGGGGCAUCUGUGGCAACAGCAAAGCCAUGCCCUGUGAUUUCCCUUCUCGAGAAACAAUCCCUGGAAUGGUGGUGCCCGCUGCAGAUACAGCAGCCAGGGCACCCAGUCUUGCCUCCACUCCUACAGGUGGACCUGAAAGGGAAAGGCAGCGAGCCCUUUGUGAUUCCCAGACAAGGCAAGACCCUCCAGCGAGAGAAGAUGGAUGUUCAGGGGAUAAACGGCCCUCUGCCGCCACCUCAGACACCCAGGCCAUGACUUCGGGGACACCUCAGCCAUCUCACCUCCCUGGCCAAGAGUCGACGUUGCCUCCAGAUCCAGAGAAGGCGCCGCUGCCAGCACCGCUCCGGGGGUCAAUGUUCAAAGAAGCAAGUACCAUGACCAACCAAGCCGAAAAUGAGCCCGAGGACGUUCCCACCAGGGCUCGGCAGGAUGCGGAAGUGCAGGCGGUGGCCAGUGUGGAGAGCAGAUCCGUGUCCACCAGCCCCAGCAUCCUCACUGCAUUCUUAAAGGAAACUCCGGCUCCAGAGCGGUUCGAACCACAAGAGCAGCUGCGUGUGGUUUGCCACGAGAGCAGCAGCAGCAGCAUAAGCCACACCAUGGAGCUGUUGGACCACACCCUAGUCCGGGGGGCGGGCAUCAUGCCAGAGGUGCACAUCCAGGCUGCUGCAGCUGUGUCGGCAGCUUUGGAAUGUAAAUCAGUGAGCCCACUGGGUGGGGUCCCUAAAACCUCAUCAGUCAACGUGGCUCAGGAUGCAUGUAAAGAAGACGGGAGGUCAGCACGCAUGACCCCAGCAAGGGAAGAGCCCGCCUCCAGACAGCUUUUGGGUACCCACUCUACCUCCCUGAAAGCUAGCCCCAGUGACCAGAUUUCUCUCAGUGCAGGACAUCAGGCUGAAACAAGUCUUGGGAAAUUUGAAAUGAAGCCAUCUGAGUUUGCAGCGGAAAGCAACAAUGGCCACAAAACUGACCCAGACUGCAAAUUCUCCAGCUCCUGUGGCCCUGCCAACAAAGCUGACCAGUCUGAAAGCUUGGAUCUUGCUGGUAAAGGGGAUACAAGAGAAAAGAGGCUUGCAUCUCCUCAGAUAGUAAAAGAAGAACCUCCUGGCCUCGAUAUCCUGGACGCAAGGGCAAAGGCAGAAGCCAAAACCCUACUGCUCCAUCCCAAGUCUCAAGAAAGCAGAGGGGCAGCGCCAGCCUCCAGUCCUACACCCUCCCCAGUUAGAAAAAGCCAGGAGGUCACCGUGGAAGACAACAGACAGACCAAGACGGCCGCCAGCCUCAGCCUGCCAUCUGAUGCCAUGGGGGACUCCAGCCCAGGUUCUGGCAAGAGGACCCCUUCUCGCUCUGUCAAAGCCAGCCCCCGCCGGGGCAGCCGGGUCAGCGAAUUCCUCAAGGAGCAAAAGUUAAACGUGACAGCGGCGGCCGCCCAGGUGGGACUCACUCCAGGAGAGAAGAAAAAGCAGCUUGGUGCCGAGUCCAAGCUGCAGUUGAAACAGUCCAAGCGUGUCCGGGAUGUGGUGUGGGACGAGCAGGGCAUGACCUGGGAGGUGUAUGGAGCUUCCCUGGACCCGGAGUCCCUGGGCAUCGCCAUCCAGAACCAUUUGCAAAGACAGAUCAGGGAACACGAGAAAUUAAUCAAAGCUCAAAACAGCCAGAGCCGGAGAUCCAUCUCCUCGGAUGCUUCUUCAAACAAAAAGCUCAAAGGCAGGCAGCACAGUGUUUUCCAGUCCAUGCUGCAGAACUUCCGACGCCCCAACUGCUGUGUUCGCCCUGCUCCUUCUUCUGUGUUAGAUUGAAAGGAACAUGUACGGAAGCAAUUGCGUACAUUUGGGGUCUUCCUAGGUGUCCGUUGGUGGGUCUCAAAGCUUCCUUAGUUUUUUCCGAGAGACCAGGACGCGAAAGCAGCGAUUAACUCUAGGAAAUUGCUCUUAAGAACGGUAGUUUCCUUUGAUUGGGGCUUCAUCAAUAAAACAUCAUUUCAAUUUGAAAGAAAGAAAAGAAGCAAGCCUCCCUGGAGUUUCAUGACCUUAAUUAGGAGGAAAUAAUAUUCACUGGGUUUUUUAAUAUGAUGUUGCUGGUAGAACUAACAUCAAUAUACAGGUGUCAUUUUGUAUCACUGCCUCCGUUUAUCACACUGUGGUAUUUCCAUUAAAAUCCCUGCUUUCCAUGAAAAAUAGCAAAAGCACCGCUCUACCGCUCUACUUUCUAGACUGCUGCGGUAAGAAUGCUAUUAUCAGACAACUUGAAGUAGGUGAUGAGCGGAUAACAUGUAAAAAAUUGAAAUGUGACUCAUUCCUCAGCAAGAGGAUAUUAAAUUAAAGCAUUUAAAUGCUUAAAAUGCCCAAUAGGAAGGAAUAUUGUAAACAUCGGCAGAUAACCCGUUUUAUAAACCUUGUUGUAUCUAUCGAUAAAUGUAAGAGAGUUCUAUUAGGAAAAAUUAAUACCCACAAUAAAACAUGGGUUAUAUAGAUAUCCAUUUUCCUGCACUGAAGGCAAAAGUCAUCUCUGUGGCUGUGAUUAGAUUAAAUUCAUAUUUCCUUACCCUGGAGGAAGUACAUGUGACGGAAUUCUGAAAAAGAGUCAUCGAAUUAUUGAUAAUACUAAACUUUAAGUUGUUUGUUUUCCAAUAACAUUCUACCAAGACAUUACGAUUCUGGUAAGGACUUAUAAAUAGUCGAUUACCAAAAUCUUUUUUUUUUUUUUUCUGUGUUGAAACAAACAAGACUCCUAAGUAACAAAAACAAGGUGUUUAAUGGAGACGCCUGUAAACAGGAUGCAGGGUUUUUUUUUUCCCUUUGGUUUGAUUUAGUUUGGUGGCUUCUAGGAGAAAAUGUAGUCAAAUAGAACACAAGCUUCCUCACUGCUUCUGUUUGUAGACUCGUAUCGUCUAAUCGUUGAAGUCUCAUCUGUGGUACCGGGGUAACCUCUGCAAGCCUAUUGGCUUUAAGAGAAAUACCAUCGUAUCUCAUGUUCAAACCCAAUAAAAGGAGCCACCUGUCUAAAACACCGUGUGAGCUUUGCAUGGACUGAGGUGCUUGAGAGCAUAGCUGAGCCCUCACCUGCCCCAUAAGGGGAGUGAGUCCUGGGGCCCACGAGUGUCAUGCGGGGCCCGGGGCUGGGAUGACCAGCAAUGACCUGAGUCUGGGUAGCAGGGAAGAGGGCAAGGAGCAAGAGUUCUGCAGAGACUUGGCUCCUCGUCUUGCUGUAGGGAUGUUGCUGGUUUGUACCUUGCUUUUAGAUAAUCACAGUUAGAGGCUGGAGGGGCUUAAGCUGCCUUCUCUAAACCCAUUGCCCUGGGUGAGCCAGAAAAGAGGGUCCGGCCAUAUAUUCUCUCUCUCUCUCAGAAAUGCCAUGGGUGCAGUAAAUUCACAAUUUCUGUGUCGGCUUUUUUAUUAUUAUUAUUAUUUAUUUCAAUUCUCUUUUGCAGAUUCUCAACAAAGGGGAAAUCAUACCUAAACAUGCACACCACAGCUACACCUGACAUAACAAAUUAAGAACUAACCAUGGAUUCUUUCGAAGCAAUUGGACUGUCCGUGAAGGGUGCAGACACAGACCACAGGCACGGCAUUCUCAGAGCCAGAGAAGGGCCAUGACAGGUGCUAGGCUUGGAACUUCGAAUGGAUUUUUUCAUAAAGCCCAUGUUUCAGUUUCUUACCAACGGGCCUCUAUUAAGAAGGGUAUCAAAAGUAGAAAUUACCAUUAAAUUAGCCAUCAAAUUACUAUUAAUGCAUUCAGUCUAAAACUCUCUCUCGGCCUAAAAUACCCAUUUGUCGCGUGCCCGUUUCCCUUCUGUAGGAGAGAUGCCUUUGCCAGGAUGUCACCUCCCCGCCAUGUCCCUCACAGUCUGGCAUAGGUGCUGUGUACACACAGGGAAACACCCUGUGUACACAGCCGCAGCUGUCAGUGGCACCCACUCCAGAUGGGAGGCCCCAGGUCACCCUCUGCUCUGAACUGGCUAGAACAGGCUGUUCCUGCAUUAAACUGGGAGAAAAGGGAGAAUUCAGCAUCUGGUGAUGGUAUUUGUUUUCAUGAGUUUGGAGUAACCACAUGACUUAUAAAUAGUGAAAGGAAGCGGAGGAUGAAGGCAGUUGUAGGCAUUUGUCACACAUGAAAAGUACACUGCUAAGAGCUCCAUUGUGGCUCAGUGGGUUAAGAACCCAACUAGUAUCCAUGAGGAUGCAGGUUCAAUCCUUGGCCUCACUUAGUGGGUUAAGGAUCAGGCAUUGCUGCAAGCUCAGAUGCGGCUCGGAUCCUGCAUUGUUGUGGCCAUGGUGUAGGCCUCAGCUGCAGCUCCAAUUCAACCCCUAGCCUGGGACCUUCCCUACGCUCCAGGUGCAGCCCUAAGAAGACAAGAAAAAUUAAUUAAUUAAUAAAAUUAAAUAAAGAAAACGAAAUUUGGUGUUGUAGUGGUGCCCCCUCAAAUUAAAACAAUGUGUGAUGGAGUAACUUGGAUUUUCUCUGGGACUGGAACUCACCUUUACUUCUAAAUCUUGAAUUUUUUUUUCUACUCAACGAUCUUCACCACACUCUAAAGAUUGUCCCAAAAUGUUACAGAAGUUUUCUUCCCACUCCCUGAGCCCUAUAGAAGGAACAGCUUUGAAAAACAGUCACAGAAAUAGAUCAUCAAAUGGAGAAAUAAGACAGGAGCCUAGUCAAGACAGCAGUGUUUCCGCAUCAUGAUACCGUAAGGACUCUCGCGAUAAAACCUCGACUUGAAAAUGUUCUUUCACUUGGAACCAUGACACAGCAGACAAAUUCCAGACAUCGUUUGUGUUUCCUUAGGUUCACUCAACAAAUGAAAUUGCAAGACAAUUUACAUGGCAGACUCUUUGAACCUCCUCACCUGCAAGACACAAAUUGGGCUGAACGCUCUUUCGGUCCUUAAUUUCUUUUCGUUCUGUUUUGGUGCCUUGAAUGCCGUUUAGUUGUUGCAAUAAAUGGAGGAAAUAUUUUAUUAAGUAAAAAAUACAAGUAAGCCAUAUUUACUUAUAUAACACCUAAAUAUUUAAAAGUUGAAGAUGCUAUAUGGCUUACCUGGAGAAUUCUAGAAUUUUUCAUUUAAAUAUUGAUUUUAAAGAGAGAUGAGUUAUAACAAAAGAUGAGUUAUAACAGCUAAAUAUUUAAAAGGUGAAGAUGCUAUAUGGCUUACCUGGGGAAUUCUAGAAUUUUUCAUUUAAAUAUUGAUUUUAAAGAGAGAUGAGUUAUAACAAAAGAUGAGUUAUAACACCUAAAUAUUUAAAAGGUGAAGAUGCUAUAUGGCUUACCUGGGGAAUUCUAGAAUUUUUCACUUAAAUAUUGAUUUUUCUAUUUUUGUGACGACCAGAAAAAUGUGAUCACUGCAGCUGUCAUGGAUUUCUUUAUCUUCAGUGCUUUUCUAGUUAUGGCUUUCUGGAUUAUGGCCCCAAUGCCACAGACCAACUGCUUUACAUACAGGAAAGUCCUAAUUAAGCUCUGCCUUUUGGAUCAGUGGCGGAAGUGGAACAUUGUGUCAGGUCCAAGUUAACCAGAGACCUUUUUGUUGGCAUCCAAAAUGAAAUAUCUGUGAAAAAUAUUACUGUGUUUUCCUACCUCGACCAAGUUCCGCUAUAUCGAAUAUAAUUUGAUUUUUGAUGAUUUUUAACCUUUAGGAUGGUUAUAAUUAUUAUUUUUGGCUACUGUUGUUCUCCAUAUUAUCAGUUCAAUACCCUCACUGAAAUAAAGUGGACUGAAUAUGCACGUGUAACGUAUCCCUUGGGUUUUGGAACCAAAUCCUUAAUAGGAGCUUGUCAUCUUAAAGUAAAAAGCAGAUGAGAAAAGCAUCUUUGGGUUGUAUCCCAGAGUCUUAAGCUUUCGUGGUUCCUGUUCUAAUGUACUUCCUCACAUCUCUGCGAGUUUCUGUCAUUCAGAAAUACCUGUAUAUUGCCACAUGAAGACUAGAAUAUGACGCAACUUUUCAAAUUUUCUACAGAGCACAUACGUGAGUAUGCCGUUAGUGUCCACUAUUGGGCCUUUGUUGUAUCCACUUUGUUAUCAUCUUGCUGCCAAAAUGAGAGAAAUUGUCUUCUCUUCUUCCUACAUCCUGUGCAAGUGUUUAAAAAAAAGGGUCUACCGCUGGUCCUGUGUAAUUCCCCACACCUCUUGUCUACUUUUUAAGAAUCAGUAAUAAGAAAAAUACAUUAGGAUAAGGUUUGCAUAUGGCUAUAUGGGUUUUUUCUGAUAAUUGGGCACCUGUACCUUUGUGUGGGCCUCUGCCUGUCUGACUUAACUCAUCGUCUACAAUGCUGCCGUGGAGAUGACACUGCCUCCUCUCUCCAGUGUCAUCCUAGCGGUAUUUGAGAAAUGAAGCCUGUGAAUUUUCCUCUGUGAUAAUGAUACAGUGAACUCAGCAGACUCUUAGACAAAUGACCAUCUUGUCUCCACCCUUGUUUGGUCUACACAGUAAAUCAGAAGUCUCGCCCACGUCUGCCUCCAUGUGUGCUACUUUGUAUUCCCAUCUGAGCAUCUUGUUUUCUGUUAGCAAUGUUCUUUUCUUCCAUGUGUGCCCUUUGGGAUGAAUCUCUCCAAAGGUGGGUCAGCUGCUGGCACCUGGCAAUUAGCAGGUGAUAGGCUGAAUCUCCCGCCCAUCCUUGUAACGCUACCCUUCUUAGUGAAAUCCUGACACCACAAGUAAUUAUAAAUGUCAUCUGCGCAGAUACAUGGCUUGAUGUCUACAACGUUUUAGACAUUUUUUGCAAAAGGGAAAAAAAUAAUCUUGUACAUACUGGAACGGAUCUUCCUGAACUUCACCCUACUCUUGGGGAGGGGGGGAAUUCUCUUGGCUGCAGAAAUAAAAUAAACUUGAUUUGCAGUGACCAAGGACAAAAAUGAAGAUGGAUUGAGGCGGAAAAAUUCUCUCUUACAAUCAGUGACAUCUGCCAGAGUUCAUUACAGCUACUUUUAACUGUGAACAUUCACCAGCUAAACUACUCACUUGCCACAACCAAAUAACCUCUCUCGAAGUAAAUCCAACACACCUGUAUAUAUGUGUAGAUAGACAACGACAACAACAACAACAAAAAAACCCUGAAAAUGACUGUUGGCUAUUAGGUAAGUCAAGGUCAUGAUACUUACAAAGGACAUGUAAAUAACCAUGGGCCUUGGUGAAAUGAUCGCAGAAGCCAGAACCGUGCAACCAGAUGUUAUUCACAAGUUUGGUGGUGUUUUUUUUAAGACCCAGAUAUCUCAGAUACUCACCAUGAGAAUAAAGACUGUUGAUAAUGAAAUUAAAGCCAAGCAAUAAUGUGCCAAAAAGAGGCAGUUAUACCAGCAAGUGCAUCUAUUAUAGGCACACCAUUAUACAAUUAUGGUUUGCUCCAUGAAGACUGACUGUAACUCAUAGCAUAACAUAAGCAAAGGCAUGAUUUCUGCUUUCUUGCUGGAGAACCUUGUUUAGGAGCUCCAUAAAAGGUACAGCACUAGUGAGCAUUGGAUUUUAUGGUUAACAGCUGUGUUUUCACACCAGCCAAGCCCAAAGGAAUCCCCAAGAAUCUUGCUAGCUUAAAACUCAAGACAGGCCAACCAGAAACGUGAUGGAAAGGAGGGUUAAAGUAUGGUAAUUAUGCUUCCUGGACAUCUAACCUGGGGCAUUCCGUUAACUCUGCCUGGAGGAUUACCAGCCUUAGCCAUGAAAAAAAUAAAAAAUGGGGGGGGGGUUCCUCAAAAGCAAAAUGACUAAAACAUGAGUAAUCAUAUCCAAAGGGGCCUCAAAUACUGCCUUACAGAAAACGAUGUUCCAGAGGGGCGUUCUGAAUACUAACUCUUUGAGUAGCCCUUGGGGUCCAAGCUCAAAAUCGUUUGGCUGGAAUAAAAAUCACAUCGUUGACACUUCAGAAAACACACUGAAGAUCAACCGGCAUGGUUGAUCAUCAUGACAGGAGAUUAUGUCAUGUGAUCAUCAUGACAAGAGGGUCCCUCUGAUUCAAGCGUGUUGAGGAGAAUUAAAGGGGGGGGGCGAAAUCCUACCUUGGUUAGAGAGCUCAAGAUGUGGGGUGUCAUCUGCUUACUUUGGGGUGAAGAGGAUAGCUUGUUUUUGAACAUUGCUGCUAGCAUUAACUCUUUGUUCCUUUAAAAAUUAAAUCAUUCUUCAGCAAAACUUUUGAGCAGUUAAAGAUUUUUUUCUUAUUCCUAUUGCUUUUAUAUUAUGCACAGAGCAAACUAUUAAGUGAGCAGAAGAGGCGUACCCAUGUUUAUCAGUCUCUCUUAAUUUCAGUGUAGACUUAUUAGCAUUUAUUUUCACUGCAUCCUCGAGUGAAUUAUUCUUCAUAACGCUUUCCAUCAUGUCUUCAGAUGAUUUGGUCCAUUGGGAGAUUGCGGAAUUACAGUCAUGCUCCUCAAACCCUAGAGGGGAGGAGAGACUAAUUCUUGACUUAAGGGCAUCUGGAAAUACCUUUUCCUGAGGUUGAGAAAGGUCAACAGGGCCUGAAAACCCAAGAAGGAAAUAUGCUAACAAUGACUGCAUUUCUAAUAUAUUUCUCUCUGCUGUACUAAUAUGUGAACAAUAUGUUGUGUAGACCCUGUAGCUGGUCGUGGUAUUCCAGUAUAUUCUCUACGUGUGCACCGUCUGUGAGUGGCUGGUUUUUCUAUUUUUAUGUGUAGAAAAAAUUCACAUGUUAUAUCCCAUCUUAUGGCCACAUUUUGUCAUGGGGUAGGCACACGUCUGAAAGUGAGUAAGACCAACAAAAGUGUGUGUGUGUGUGUGUGUGUGUGUGUGUGUGUGUGUGUGUGUGUGUGUGUUCUGUAACAGAACUUGUCCUUUCAUUUUGAAGGUCAGAAAGGGCUGUUGUUUCUCCUUUUAAUCAUCUCGGAGGGUAGAUAACCUUAUUAUCACCAAGGCUGAACAUAGCACUCAGCACAUCGGCAUGUUACUAAGCACGCCAGGGCUAAUUCCUCAUGCCAUUAGUCACAGGUAAGGUCAGUUCUUUGACCCCUGGGUUGAUUUACAUGCUUCACACAUCUUCUCCCGUUAAAUGUGUGACCAGAAUGCACAUGCUAUGGGUGUGACUGUGUACAUACCUUGUAUGAUUUACCUCCAUCCUCAAAGCCGUUGCAGGAACACAGGAAGAGGAAACAGCUGUUCAAAAGCCUCCAAAGGGCUAAUCUAUGUGUAUUUUCAUUUUCUACACAUAAAAAUGUAUACGUAACCUAUCUGUAAAUAGCUGACCUACCUAUACAUGCACACAUACCAUGCAUUUUAUUCACUGGUAGAUUUAAAUAAACCACAAAUUCAAACAGUGAAUUGAAAACUGCAUCUUUUCAUGACUGCUCCGUUUUACCUAUAUUACUCUUGGAUCAGACGCUCCCCAUUAAAUGGUGUUACUUCCUGGUAGCAGAUUUGGUGCUUAGGGAAGCCCAGCCCCUCUGGGCCACAAAAGUCUAGUUGGUGCCUUACUGAGGCACAGACAGGUACUUAAGUGGCUUCAAAGGUUUAAUGCUGUUCUUUAAGCACCUAAUUUUGUAUUUGGCAAUGAGAAACACUGAGAAAAACCAAUUAAUGUUUUAUUGACUUCCCUGGUGCAUUUAUUAGUAUGUUUGUUUGCACAGGCUGAUAAAAGAGGUAGCCCUAGAUUUCCCAGGAGUGUACGGGGAAAAAAAGUGAAACAUGAUUUUGAGCAUUCUUCUCUUGAGAUCAGCAAAGCAAGGUUGAGCAACACCAAAGAGAAGUCAAAGAGUCAAAUAUUCUUUUAAAUUCCAAAUGAUGCUGGUAGAAUAAGAGGAGCAUAGCAGGUGGGAUUUCCUUAAGGUGGACUCAAGUUAGUGACUUGUAUGGACCACAGGUGACACGGUGUGGACUGAAUAACAAGGUAAGCAUCGUUAGUCAAUUUCUCACACUCCCAACCAGUGAAUUGAGGCUAUUUUAGUUUCUCUCAUUUCUUCUAAUUGAAAGGUCUCUAAUUAGAGAUCCAAAAGUCUGAUCUGGUUCCUAAAACCCAAUAUGAUUUGACCCAAUUCCUUGACACUACACAUUAUGUUGGCUGGAUAUUAGGUUGAGGUUGUGAAUGGAAAUACCAGAAUUGCCAAUGAGUAGAGAAUGUUGUGUGGCAAAGUACGAAUAUAACCACUUCUCUGUAGAAAGUUAAUAAUACCAUUUAAUACAUAUUCAUGUUUUAAAGACUGAAUGUGCCAUAUUUAUAUCUUAGAUUCAAAUAAACGUUUAACCAAACAUAAGAACACUACAAUCACAACUGCAGCUAUCUGUGUUUUUUAACUACUGAAAACAUACUUCUUUAUAAGAGCAGCAUACAUGAAAUCUUGAUGUCAAUAUUUACUGUUGCUUAACAGACAAAUUUAUGUAAUUAUUUUGGAAGAUGUGUAUUAAUUUAAAUGCCAUUCAGAAAAAUUAUAGAUGUCAAUAUAAAAAUCAUUUAUGUGUGUAAAUACUCAGUGGAGAAAGCCUAAAACUGAAAUGUGAUGUUAAAUCACUGAAGAAACAGUAAUAUUUUAAAUGAAAUUCCAUUUAUGAAUGUAUCACUAUUAGACUCUAAAGUUAUGUCUUUUCAUGAUGUCUAAAUACAAAGCUCAUUAAAUUGUUUAUUUAAGAAAGUGUCCAUCCUUCUGAAAUUGACCGACUAAUAAAGUUUCAUUUCCUAAAAAAAAAAAAAAGAUGGGAUGUUAUGAUAUCUAUGAGAAUGGGUCAAGAUGUUGAAAUUACCUACACGUCCACCCUCUCUUUGGAUUUUACUUUUGAAUGGAUGAAUGAAUAAAUUUCAACUGGUGACCUCAUUUUACCCUCAAAAAAUGUUCAAAUAUGAUUUUUUUUUUGCAUUUCACUUUCCAUAAUAAACACACUAUAGAUUAAAAG